CCUCUUCCUCUCCCUCUCCCGCUUGACAUGGAGAGGCCAUACAAACAAAACAAACAGUCACGACACACAUGGAGACCAACAAUCAAACGAUUACAACGCGAUCUCUCUCUCUCUCUCUCUCUCCGUGUCUCUCUCUCUGUCUCCUUCUCUCUCUCUGUGGAGUAAAUAAUGCAGAAGAAGACAAGGGUGUGUCAUCGGAGUCGGUGAUGCAUUUUGCAAACAUUGGCUUCAUUUGUCCCUGUUUUGGCCUCGUCUACAUCGAGAUUUACACACCCAACUCCUCCCCCACCCCCCCUCCUUUCUCCCCCCAAUAAAAACACCCUCGUUUUGACUGCAAUCGGGCUCCUCUCAGAGUUCUGACUCCCUCUGGCACCAUCCCGGUUCAUUGAAGCGAGUACCGGUGCAGCUUCCACGAAAAUUCUGAAUGGUUGACUGAGUCGACCACUUCCAAACGGAGGGAAAGAAAACGAAAGACGUUGGAAUUCAUACCGCACUUCUUGCUUUCACCAAACUUGGGCUGAGGAACUGGUUCUUGUGGCAUCCUAGGGAUUUUGAAGAUGUUGGACACAACGGAAGGUGUGAAUUUUGACAUUGUUAUAGAUGAAUUUGAGGCUAUGACUAAAGACGCCAAAAGGGUUCAAGAAGAGACCUUGAAGAAGAUCUUGGAAGAGAAUGCUGAGGCAGAGUACUUGCAGAAAUUGGGGCUUAAGGGAAAAACUGAUCUCGAGAGCUUCAAGACUCAUGUUCCUCUGGUUACUCACCAGGAAUUGGCGCCUUACAUCCAGAGGAUCGCGGACGGUGAUUCGUCCCCAAUCCUCACGGGAAAACCCAUAACCACCAUAUCAUUAAGUUCCGGUACCACUCAGGGAAGGCCAAAAUAUGUACCCUUCAAUGAUGAGCUGGUAGAGUCAACCAUGCAAAUAUACAGAACCUCUUUUGCCUUUCGAAACAGAGAGUACCCUAUUGGGAGGGGAAAGGCUUUGCAGUUCAUUUAUAGCAGCAAGCAGUUUAAAACCAAAGGUGGCCUGGCAGCUGGUACUGCCACAACUAAUGUGUUUCGAAACGCACAGUUCAAAAGUACUAUGAGGGCAAUGCAGUCUCUUUGCUGCAGUCCAGAUGAGGUGAUUUUCGGUCCUGAUUUCCCCCAGUCCUUAUAUUGCCAUCUCUUGUGCGGGCUCAUCUUCUGCAACGACAUCCAGUUUGUGUCCUCCACAUUUGCUCAUAGCAUCGUCCAUGCAUUUCGAAACUUCGAAUUAGUUUGGAAAGAACUGUGCAAUGAUAUAAGGUAUGGGGAUCUAACUAGUCAAGUCACUGACACAUCUAUUCGAGCGGCUGUGUCGAAGUUGCUUAAGCCAGACCCUGAGUUGGCUGAUCUCAUAUACAGUAAAUGCUCCCGGUUGAGUAAUUGGUAUGGAGUAAUACCGGAGCUUUUUCCAAACGCCAAGUAUAUUUAUGGGAUCAUGACUGGGUCAAUGGAGCCGUAUGUAAAGAAACUGAGGCACUAUGCCGGGGAUCUGCCUUUAUUAAGUGCAGAUUACGGAUCGUCUGAAGGAUGGAUUGGAGCUAAUGUAAAUCCUAAGUUGCCGCCGGAGUCGGCCUCUUUUGCCGUUCUUCCUAACAUUGGCUACUUUGAAUUUAUCCCUCUCGGGGCGAUGACUGAGAUCUCAGGGAAAGACAAUGAAUCAUCAACUUUGCUUUGUGUCGAUCCAAAGCCAGUGGGUCUCACUGAAGUCAAGGUUGGUGAGGAGUAUGAAAUUAUUGUCACCAAUUUUGCAGGGCUGUAUCGAUACAGGCUAGGAGACGUGGUGAAGGUCGUAGGAUUUCACAACUCCACCCCUGAACUCCAAUUUAUCUGCCGAAGAAAUCUCUUGCUUACCGUCAACAUUGACAAGAACACUGAGAAAGACUUGCAGUUAGCUGUCGAAGCAGCAGCCAAGUUACUGGGUAAAGAAAUGCUCGAAGUCGUAGAUUUCUCCAGUCAGGUGGAUUUCUCGACGGAACCAGGUCACUAUGUGAUAUUUUGGGAGAUGAAUGGUCAGGCGAGCGAGGAGAUCUUGAGAGGAUGCUGCAACUGUUUGGACCGCUCAUUUGUCGAUGCGGGGUACAUUGGUGCACGCAAAGUGGGCGCGAUAGGGGCCCUUGAACUCCGAGUCGUCCGAAGAGGUACGUUCCAGAAGAUCCUAAACUAUUACUUAGGAUUAGGAGCCGCCGUUAGCCAAUUCAAAACCCCGAGAUGUAUAGGGCCUAACAACAACAUGGUCUUGCAGAUACUGUGUAAUGAAGUCACUAACAGUUACUUCAGCUCGGCUUUUUGAUUGGAAAUAAUUGAUAUUCAGGUUGUUUUACAGUUCGUGGUCUCAACAAUUUUCUUGUUUCUUAGGCAGAGAUAUUUGGCUCAUGAUGCAGAAAACAUAGUUUUUUUUUAUUGGA